AUGAGUGGUAACAAAUCACUUCCAAAUAAGUUGACUCGCCCUUCGACGUCAUUGCAGCGGGUUUUAGAUAAAGUAGUAUCAUCAGUUUUCACCACCACCGCUACUGCCACUACACAGCUGCAACUGCAGCUGCAACAUGAUGAAACUAAUAGUACCAACACAAAUGUUUCAUCACAGAAAUUGUAUAACAAACUAAGAUCAAUUUUGAAAGCUGAUGAUAGAAUAAGACAAAUGGAAGCUGACUUUAAUACUUCUUUGAAUAUAUGGGGUCAAUGUGUACCAAAUUUGGAAAGUUCGCUAUAUAUAAAACUGUUCAGUGCAUUGAUGAAUAUCCAUUCAAAUAUCAAAUCACAACUACAUGAAAAAAAUGAAGCAAUAAAACUAAGUUUGUCAUUUGUGAAUGAAAGAGAAAAGAAACGGACCAAGUUAAUUCAACAAAAAGCAAAACUAGAGAAACAAUUGAAGGACGCAACCGUGAGAUAUGGACCAAAUGCUUCAAAUUCAAUCUUAUUGAGUGAAAAACUUGAACAAACUGAAUGUACUUUACAAGUAACAGAACAGCAAUAUAUUAGAACUAUAGCCAAUGAUUUAAAAGAUUCAUUAAUGGAAUAUGGAAUCACUUUAAUUGCAACUAGCAAAAGAUCAUACGAUACAGCAAAUGAGUUUGUUCAAUAUUUGAAUUCAAUUGAACAAGAUUUACUUAGUGGGAAUAAUAAUUCUGGAGAAAAUGAAUUGGCCAGAAUAUCACCUAAUAAAUACUCCAAAUUAUCAAGACGUAAAUUUCCUCCUUUAGAACCUGGAUUUAGUCUUGGUGAUCCUCUGAUUAAGUUGAGAAAUUAUAAUUUACCUACUCCUCAAUCAUUGUGUUCUGAAUGCAAAAAAGCAUCGCCUUGUAUUCAUACUGAAGGAUCUAGCAAACAACAUCAACAUCAGCAGCAACAACAACAACAACAACAACAACAACUACAGCAACAACCUGCAGUAGUACAUCUUCCUGUACAACACCAACAAGAUGGCUUACGACAACAAUCACAACAACCAUCAGGAUCACACUUUCAAACUCAUGGUCCGCCACAACUGCAGCAACAAUUGCAAUCACAACAUCAUAAUCAUCAUCACUCCUCCAAUACUUCUCAUAUUCCAAUUCUUCCUCAAGUUCAUCCUAUUCCGGAAUUAACUACUCAACAUUAUUUGCAACAAGAUCAUAUUCAACAUCGACACUCAUCAACAACAAUUGAAGAUGAUUCUCGCAAUGAAAUCCCAAUAUAUCCAUCACGACUUGGUGGUGAUACUCAUUCUAUACCAUUUAGUGAUCAUUGGAAUUAA